GUCAUAUCCUACUUCCGGUCUGUAACCAAGGCUACAUACACACGGCCAUAGUCGCUGUUUUGGUUGUGAUUGCUGACCAUAAUUUGUUUGAUUAAACGCAGAGGCAGGAUCUAACAUCACAUAAGUAUGCCAGCUAAGAAGAAGAAGAAGUCAGGCAAACUUGCCAAAAUGACAGAGGAAGAACGGAUUGCGUAUGAGGAUCAGAAGCGCCUGGCUGAGGAAGAGAUGAGGAAAAAGAAAGAGGACAUGUUGGCUCAAUUCAUGAAAGAUAAGCUUACGAAAGAGGAGAAAGCAAGCAAGUUCAACUUGAACAAACUGAACCAUCAAUGGAGAAACAUCAUGAGAGAGGCAAAGUCUAGAGAACUGAAGAAAGAUAUUGAGAUUCUCAGCCAGACAUUUGAGCGGGUUGUGGAUCGGAAGGAUGCUGUCAUCAAAUCUUUGGCCAAGGACAUCAUGGAGGCCGAGGAACAGUACUCCAUGGCACUCCGCAGCCACCUGCAGAAUGUCGACAACUUGAUAGGCCUACAGCGCCAGAGGCUGGGGAAGGCCAAGCAUGAGUACACGGAGGAGUUGGACAUCAUCAUGGAGGAGUUUGACAGCGAGCGGGAGAUGCUGGUGGAGCAGCACACGCAGGAGAUGACCGAUAUUGAUGACAUCCUCUUCGCAAUGGACCAGAACUUCCAGGAGGCUGAGAAUGAGGCCAAGUCCGAGUUUCAGAGCAUGCGGGACGAAAUAAAAAACAAGAACUUAGAAGAAAAGCAUGCCCUGCGUGUUGUGUUGGAGUCUAAGGUGGAUGACUUGUGGCAGCAGUUCAGGCAGGCCUUACAGAACUACAAUGAGACCACUGAAGAACGCAAGACAGCAUUCGAAACUCUCAAAGCCAAGGAUGAAAAGAGUGCCCGGGAGAUUGAGCUGCAGAUGAGGAAGCUGCAGAGAAUCUCGGACCAGAUAUCCGGGCUGAAAGGCAAGAUGUCCUCCAAUUCCAAAGAAUGUGAGGAGAGAAACAGAUCGUUGAAAGAGGAGAGGGAGCGGAUGCUGGCUCACUUCCAGGAUCUCAAGGCCCAGAUGAACAAGCUGAGGGAUGCUGAGAGGGACAAGCUCACGAAGCUGACACUGGAGAGUAACGCCGCCAUCAAGGAAAUCAAGAGGCAGAAGGAAAAGGCAGAGCAGAUCAUGCGGCUGGCGGAGAUGUGUCGGAAGGUGGAGACAGAAGAGGAGAAGGUUCUGCCAUUCUAUGCAUCCUCUCUGACUGCGGAGGAGAUUGAGGAUGUAGAUGCAGCCAUCUUGGAGCCACCUUCAGAGCCUCUUGCACUGGUGAUCCACGAAUACUCUUCUCUGGAGAACUUCUGGAAGCGUCACAACAAGGUGCUGCUGGAUAAACUUGCCCUUGAUAAGGAGAAACAGACUCUUGUCCAGGAGAACCAACAGCUCCGUACUCUUCUCAAGCAGUACCUGGACGGCAUCUCCGUCAACGAUGAGAUCCUGUCUCAAGUCAACCCACUGUUUAUUGUCAACAACAAGACCAAUGUCAAGUUGAACGUCCCAGUUGUUGAUCCUCGUGUCAGACGCCCUCCUCCCCAGACUGUCGUGGAAGCAGCUCACAUCAUCAAACACAUCCUUCCUUCAUGAAUAUAUGGCCGAGUACAUCCAUCAUUUAUUGUUCGCACAGGCAUCGGAUAGCAACAUGGCCCCCACAACUUUCCCAACAGUUACCUCAACACAAACUCAAUUUAUGCUUACCUACUUAGAGAAGUUUAAUCUUUACAUAUUUCUUUGAAUUGAACAAUUUUUGGUAUUUAUUUUGUUUCAGUGGAUGUUUCAUCAACAAGCCGGUGUUCAUUUUAACCUCCAAAACAUGGAGUAUCAUCUCCAUUGAUGUUGUUUUAAUUUAUAUUCAAUUUUAACCACAAUUUAAUACAUGCAGAAUUUUUUUUAAUGACCAUUUUUUAAUUGUAAAAUGAAGAAAUACUAUUGGCGUUAUAUUGUUGUGUAAUUGUGCAAGGUUUGUGUGGGGGCCCACAUAUUGUUUCUUUAUUGUCUGUGAUAUUUGUUAUGCUUGUGAUGGAGUAUACUUGUCUCUAUCAAAAUGUAAAGUGUUGCAUGUAAAUUGCUAAUAAUAUAUGUAAAUACAAACGUGUUGUGUGACAGCUGUUAUAUUACUGAAAUGUAUUAUGAUAAAAUUAUGAAAUUGUAAUGUUUUGUAAAUGGAAAUCAAAUUUUGAUUCUUAACUUCAAAUAAACAGUGAUAAAUCUAUA